AGAAUGGGAAGGUAGAGAAUAUUUAGAAGAAAGAACGACAGUUAAUUAUGACUAAUGUACCUUCAGGUGGCAAAUGUUUGUGAUAAUCUGAAACUGAUUAUGUUAUCUAACCAGUCUAGCGAUGAAUUCUCUUCGAAAAUGGUUCAACAGACCGAAGAAAACUGACAGCUCUAUAUUGGCUCAGUUUUUCUUUGCGGACGAAGAGCUCAAUGAGGUGGCAGCGGAGCUCGACAGCUUUGAUGGCAGGAAGGACCCUGAGCGGUGCACAGCCCUGGUCAACAAGCUGAGGGCGUGUCAGGACAAAGUGCUGGGCGUCGUACAAAAGAUCAUCGAUGAGGCCAUCGGGAAUCAGAAGGCUAAUCGUGACUUCCGGGUCAAGUUCCCUGAUGACGUCCUUCAGGAAAACCUGGCUGGACAGCUAUGGUUUGGGGCAGAGUGCCUUGCUGCUGGCUCCAGCAUAAUGAACAGAGAGAUAGAAAGUGCCUCUAUGAGACCGCUGGCCCGGGCUCUGACCAAGAAUCUAGACAGUCUGAGGACACUGCUGAGGGAACAAUGCCUCAGGAACCAGUCCAUCGACUCAGACAGGAUAAGAGAAUCAUUAACCAUUUUUGACAAGUUGUUUGCUGAAUUUGAGUUAAGUUAUGUAAGCACCAUGGUCCCCGUGAAGACAAUGAAGGAGUAUGAUCUGACUCAGGAGAUUACGAUUCUCUUCUCAGAAACUGUUCAAAGGGCAUUGAAGAAAGGUCUCAUCGAGCAGGAAACCAUUGAUGAUUAUGAUCCAGCACUUAUGUUCACCAUUCCAAGAUUGGCCAUUGUUUGUGGUUUGCUUGUGUACCCUGAGGGUCCCUUGAAUCCAGAUUUAGAACCUUCCAACAUAUCAGAAAUGUUUAGACCAUUUCAAACAUUGUUACAUAAAAUUAGGGAGCUUCUUUUCACUCUAAGUGAUAAAGAACUUAGUGCUCUGGAGGGUGCAUUGUGUAGUGCUGAGGUACCAGAUAAGAUCCUGUCUGAACCGGAGCAGAAGGAUGAAUCCUCACAGGUGGAUCCAGGAUUUGAUGAGGAGGCCGAGCCAAGUACAUCCAGCACCCUGACGGAUAUCGCUCGAUGUCUGGAACAAGAAGUGAUCCAGAUCUCGGAUAAUUCAGAUGACCUUGUGACCCCUGAUCAGGAGAGGCUCGGAGUGUUGAAUCUUCCCCUGGAGGACUAUUCCCCCACCAAUACCCUAGUAGACUCCUUAGAGGAGCCGGAAUCUCUCAACUCGAGUCUCAACAAGUCCGAGAGUCGAGACUCGGGACUGCAGAGUGAAAACGUCAGCACUUCGGACACAGUGAUGUGCGACGUGAGUGCGGUAAGCAUGUCCUCCGACUCCACGGUGGUGUGCACAGACACUCACAGCUCCGAGUCAUGCUUCACCGACCAUGACACACAGGCAUUUUGUAGAGACAUUGUGGAGGAUAUUGUGUGUCAAGCUGUUGAGAGACCUCCACCCUACCACAGACAGGGUAGCCAGCAAUAUAACUUAAAUCUGGAGAUUCCUCGGAUUUCCUCUGUCAGCAGUUCACCCUCCUCUUCCCCUUCUUCUCAUUCAUCUGUCAGUUACCUUUCUUGUGAUAAAACACCCCCAACCUGCCUAGACCAAUCAGAUUCUAGCUCUGAUAUCCACCAAUCACAAUGUGUGUUAGAAAACAAAGAUAUCUGUGAUAUUGCCAGUAAUACAAAUCAUGUGAUAGAUGCCAGUUUGUGUGACAAAUCUAAUGACUCCACAGAGCCCAGUACUUCAAAGAGUGACUCUCUGCCAAGAGCACCAAGUGAAAACAGUGAAAAAGAUACAACCAAAGGAGAUAACAGUAAGGAACAUGAUUCAGGAGAACCAAGCUCAAGUGAGAAUACUCGAGUUCGUGAGCACCCACGUAUACAGAGACUCCGAUACACAACAGACAGUGUGAGUUCCAGCUUCUCUAGUUGCCAUAGCAAUACAUAUGAUGCUGAAUGGGACAAAGAAAGCGAUGAGAGUUGUGAAACUAGUUCCUACAAUUCUGAAAGCAAUGAUGAUGAAGAAAUAUCUCUGGCUGUUCAAGCAGCAGAACUUGCGUCACGGAAAGAGGCCAGAGCCAGGUUCAGAAGUAGCAGUGACCUGAUACAUAGGUUGUUUGUUUGCAUUUCUGGAGUGGCUGAUCAGCUACAGACGAAUUAUGCAGGGGAUCUUAGAAACAUCUUGAAGUGUGUGUUUGACAUGAACUGUUCAGACCCUGUCAUUGUACUGGAUGAAAGCCCCAAGAAGAAGUUUGACCGCCACCCUAACUUUAUGGCACGAAGAACAAACAGAUAUGGACACCGAUCUAUAUCUAACAGACCUAGAGAACCUCCCCAAUGGGUGCCCGACGAUCAGAUGGAGAAAUGCAUGUCUUGUGAAAUUCCAUUCAACUUUGUGAGGCGACGUCACCACUGUAGGAACUGUGGAAAGAUAUAUUGUGGACGGUGCUCGGCUAACUUUGUCCCCCUGCCUCACUUCAACUACAUGACCCCUGUGCGCGUGUGUAACCACUGCUUCCUGUUCCAGGUCACGCCCUUUACCGUCAACGAAUGAAAAGACACCUUACAGAUGGAGUUGAAAUGUUACCAGUUUUCUGUCAAGUUAUCGUAUCAUGUCACAUGUUCAGAUGUGUAAGCUGUUUUGUUUUUUAUUUUUGUUUUUGGUUACAUUUUUGUUCAUUUUAUUGAAAAGUUUUGCUUAAAUGUAAGCUGUUUCUGUGUGUGUGUAUUCUUGAUACUUUAUUGUGAUCACUCAUAAAUUUUCAAGAACAUUUGAUGUUGUGGAAAUGAAAAAUAAUCAGUGAAAUUCAACAAAAGAUCCUUGUAACCAGCUAAUUAGAAUAUUUUUUUUGUUAGAUGCAAUGUAGCAAUGGUAUGGAAUGGGAUGUAAUAGUUUUGUAUUGUAAGCUGAUUGUUAGCAUAGUAUCUCCUCCUACUUUUUGAUGAUUUUUUCCUGCAGUGAGAAGGGAACAAGAUAAUCCUGCUAAGUUUCGCUACAGCAUUGCCUUCACACGUACAUUAUGUGACCAGAGCUCCUCAAUAUCAAGCAGUACAAUCGUAUUAUAUGCCGAUGAUUGCCCACCUGACUUGGUUCCUUUUUUACCCAUUUUUUUUUUACUCUUUGAAUUGUAAGAACAUAGUUCGAACAUUUAUGGGUACAUCAUGUGUAAAUGGAUUUGUACUGUCAAUCAAUUAUUUCAAACAUUUCAUUGAGAUAUCCUGUAUUUUAGCAUGAUUAAAAUUAUUCAAGAUAUGUUAAUUUUAAAGUGUUAUUGAGGUCACUGAAAUUGCUAGUUCUCAUGAGUUUAAAAUAGUGACUAACAUUCCCCCAUCCGACAAAGUUUAUCUUCAUUUUAAAUUUUUGAAAAAUAUAUACAUGUACCUACUAGGGUAUUUAUUUGACAUGUAAUGGCAAUGAUUCAGUAUAGUUUACAUGUGUUUAUGUUAAAUAAUAUUCAUUAUAGAGAAGAAACAGAUUUGUUUUUUUUUUUAAUUAUUUUUCUGGCUUCUUUAACUUAAUGAUUGACUUUUUGUCUACCUCAAGUAUGGCAAUCAUGGGCUUUUCAAGAAAGCUUUUGCUAGAAUGUACAGUAUUGGUAGAUAUAUUAUGAUUAUUAUUAUUAUGAAAGGCAUUUACCCAACUCCACCCUUUUAAAAGGUCAUGUCAUCUGUCCAGUGAAACACAAUUUCAGUUGAAUAUAUUCUCGGAGGGAUAUAGCUUAGGGGAAUUAACUAACACAUUAUAAGUGCAAUUACUUUGUAUAAACGUAUCUGUACAUUAAAAAAACUGUGGGUUAAAUUUAUUUGUAAAAUUUGAUGAUUGUUUUUUUUCUUUUUGUUUGUUUUUUUAUUGUUAGUAUCACAAUUGCUUAUUACUUAUGUAUAUGACAAUGCACAAACUAAUUUGCCAGAAUUAGUAUGAUAUGACAUGACAUGACUAGUAAUGGAGUUGUACUAUUUAUUAUUCCAGAGGUUGUAUUUCUGUUCCAUUAUGAAGGAAAAAUAUUUUUCUAAUUCAAUGUAUGGUUUUAUUUAAUGAUACAUGGCACUACAAAUGUAGCAAGAGUUUAUGAAUUACUUUGUUCCUGAAAUCUGUUUUGCAUUGAGCUCCAAUUAUUUGCAGAAUGAUAUGUAAUUGAUAUGCAUUAAUAUUUUCAUUGUUUUCAUACUUGUGUUAUGAUUGCAAAUAUGCAAUGGUGGCAAAUGAAAUUUGACAACUGAAAUUAGGAAAACGCAUCUCAAAGAUAUCUUUAAAAAGAAAACUAUUUAAUGUAUCUAUAAACACAAUGUAGAAGAAGUACUUAUAAACAGUGUAACAGUACCAUUACAGUAAAACUCGUUUAGUACGAACACUAAAAUAGCGAAUUCUCGGAUAUACCGAAGUUUUAUUAAGUCCCUGGUAAAUUAUUAUCAAAUCUUUUAUUAUUGAAUUAUAUGAUUAUAACGAAUUCGGAUAUAAUGAAUUUACGGAUAUAGCGAACUGAUUUUGAGUCCCGUAGAGGUGAAUGAUAAUGAAAUUUAACACUUUUGUAACGAAUUUCUUUACAAAUAAAAAAUGUGCACUGUCAUUUCACAUAAUACUUUGAAUGAAUUUACUUUCAUAUAAUUUUUUCAAUUCACAAUCUGAUCCGAGGUUACCAAUUAUUAUAUUUUUACGUUAAGCCUCAAUUAGCAAAAAUUAUAGUCUGGUUAAAAAACCUAUGUAUAUUGUGAAUUUGCUUUAGUUAUUAUUACGAAUUCGUUAUACGGAUAUAACGAAUUACAGAUAUAACGAAGUAAAUCCAUUGGUCCCUAGGACUUCGCUAUAACCGAGUUUUACUGUAUAAGUUUAUACAGAUUUGUAUCAUGCUUUAAACUUUGGUACUCUUCAGAUAAAAUAUAAAAACUGUACAUCAUUACAAUACUAGUACAUUUAAACCUUGCAUUGUUGCUUGUGUGUACCCAAGUAAAAUUUGUCAAUGUAGUCGUGUUCACUUUGAAAGGAAUUUAAUGAUCAUGAAUCUUUCCUCACUUUUGAAUCAGUUCAUGAUCACAAUCUAGUGCCUUUUAAACCAAAUGAUCAUGUAUCAUAUUAUCGAUAAGUAUAACAAAAUAUUGUGCAGACCCCAAAUUCUACCUAUUUUGCAGAAUUAAUGUGUAAAUUACCGAAUUCAAAUAAAUUUGUUUGUGUUGACCGUCGCAUUGAAUUUUAUUUCUUUGUAGACACAAAAUUUAACAAAGACUUAUAGUCACCAGUUUGAUUUAUAAAAAAAAUUAUAUAGGAGAUAAAAUAUCUUAAGUAUGUAUGAAUUUAGCCAAUAAUAAUGUUUUAAUAAACCUGUAUCUGAUAUUGAAAUAUUCUCUGUUAAACUGAAUAUAAAAAACCCUGUCAUUUCUGGUAACUGAAAUAUUACACUUUCUAGCAUACUGGAAUUUGAAAUAAAAUGCAAAAAACUUCUCCUUUAAACAUUGCCAAAUUUUGAAGGCUUUUGGUUAAAAUUUUUUGAAAUAGCAUUCACAGUGUUUGUUUAAAUGUAUCUCUGAUAGCUUUUAAAGAUCUGCAGCUAUAAAUAUUAUUUACCAUUAUGUUCCAUUAAAAUUUAUUAUCAAAUGUA